AGACUAACAUAGUAGCCAACCAUCGAUCAGUUGUUGUCCAAGCAAUCAUCGCUCAUCCUUGGCAACCGUAGCAACCACCAAUCAACCUAACAACUUGACACUAUAUAAGUACCCGUACCUGUGAACUCUAUUCAUUCUGUACCUACCACUCGAACAAUAAAGACUAGUAGUAAAGUACAACAGUUGGCGACGAGGUAAUCAAGAAAUCAACGCUCAAGAGGAAGAACCAUGGCACCACCUGGCGGAGACAGCGAAACUCUGAUGCAGCAAAUUGUCCGGCAGAACCAGCAGAUGGCAGAGCAAAACGCGCGGUUGAUGGUCUUGCUGGAGCGAUUCGGCAUUCAAGAAGGCUCCGGAUCCGGCCGAUCUUCAAGCAACCCGGAAUUCAUCAUCGAAUCUCUGGCAUCGAACAUCCACGAGUUCUCCUACGACCCGGACAAUGGCCAAGUUUUCGACCGGUGGUAUCGCAAGUACGAGGAUCUCUUCCUAAAGGACGGUGCGAAAUUGGACGAUGCAGCGAAGGUACGUUUGCUCCUGAGAAGCCUCAGUGUCAACGUUUUCGACCGUUACGUCAAUUUCGUGCUUCCGAAACAUCCCCGUGAGUUCACCUUCGAGGAAACUGUCAAGAAACUCAAGGAAUUGUUCAGCAUCCGGAUUUCGCUCUUCAGCAAACGGUACCAAUGCUUCCAGCUGACGAAGAACGAUGCGGACGAUUAUGUGACUUACGCGGGAAAAGUUAACAAGGCCUGUGAAGAUUUUGAACUGAACAAGCUAACUUCAGACCAGUUCAAGAGCUUGGUUUUCAUUUGCGGACUUCGCUCAACGAAGGACGCGGACAUCCGGACGCGGCUACUCUCGAAGCUUGAAACGAACGCCGACGAAGAUUGCAAACUCGAAUCGCUCAUCACGGAAUGUCAACGUCUUCAAAAUCUCAAGCAUGAUACCGCUAUGGUGGAACAGAAGCAUACUUCGAUCAGCUCCGUCUGCGCAGUCAAACAGAAGAAGCCUCAAUCGAACCCAUCUGGACCGAAAACCAAACCUAGUGGCAAAUCAAGCACCCCGAAGACACCCUGUUGGCAGUGCGGCGGUAUGCACUUCGUUCGCGAUUGUUCGUUCUCAAACCACGUUUGUAAGGACUGCAAGCAAACCGGACAUAAAGAGGGCUACUGCGGCUGUUACUCAGCGAAGACAUCUACCAAGAAGAAGAAGUCGAAGGUCAACGGUGUUUUCGCGAUCAACCAGGUUAGUAGUGAGUCCCGGCGGAAGUUCCUGACCGUGAAUAUCGAUGGAUCUGAAGUGACGCUGCAGUUUGACACGGCUUCGGACAUCACCAUCAUCUCUCGGAAAAUCUGGAACAAAUGUCUUGGAUCCCCUCAACUGCUUCCCACAACAAGAGCAGCAACAACAGCGUCUGGCAAGCCUCUUCAGCUUCUUGGUGAACUUCAAAGCGCAAUCACACUUGGAGGUGUCACCAAACCAGGAAAACUUUACGUGGCCAGCAACAAUCUCAACCUGUUUGGCCUGGAAUGGAUCGACUUGUUUGGACUAUGGGACAAGCCAUUGUCGGCGAUCUGCAAUCAAGUUCACGCCGAUCAACCCAACGCAAUCCAGCACUACAAGGCAAGAUUCCCAGACGUUUUCCGGCAAGGUUUAGGACACUGCACAAAAACCAAGGUACGCCUGUUCCUGAAACCCGGAGCUAUGCCAGUCUACAAACCGAAACGGCCUGUACCAUUCACAUCCGUGGAGAAAGUCGAUGCAGAACUGGACCGUCUUCAACAACUGGGUAUCAUCACCCCGGUUGACUUUUCCCAGUGGGCUGCACCAAUCGUAGUGGUCAAGAAACCAGGAGGAAAGAUUCGGAUCUGUGCCGAUUAUUCAACCGGUCUGAACGCCGCCCUGGAGUCGAACAACUACCCGCUGCCAGUUCCCGACGACAUCUUCAGCAAGCUCAACGGAUGCAAGUAUUUCAGCAUAAUCGACCUUAGUGAUGCCUAUCUGCAAGUAGAAGUGGAUGACGACUCGAAAAACUUGCUGACCAUCAAUACACACCGUGGACUAUUUCGUUUCAACCGGCUAGCACCUGGGGUGAAGUCGGCUCCAGGAGCAUUCCAGCAGCUGAUGAACACGAUGAUCGCAGAUAUCCAAGGUGUCGAAUCGUUCCUGGAUGACCUGAUGGUAUUCAGCAAAACCGAGAAGGAGCAUCGUGAAAUCCUCACCGCUCUUUUUCAACGACUGCAAGAGUAUGGCUUCAUCCUCCGUGAAGAAAAGUGCAACCUGCUACAGCUUCAAAUCAAGUAUCUUGCACACAUCGUUGACGAAUCUGGACUACGACCGGAUCCUGCCAAAAUCGAAGCCAUUGUCAAGAUGCCUGCUCCCAGCGACAUUUCCUGUCUACGAUCGUUCCUCGGUGCGGUGAAUUUCUAUGGCAAGUUCGUAUCAGAAAUGCACCAGCUACGAAGACCACUCGACGCGCUUCUCAAGAAGGAUGCCAAGUUCGUUUGGAACAACGACUGCCAGAAGUCUUUCCUGAAGUUCAAAGAAGUGCUCCAGUCAGAUCUUCUCCUAACGCAUUACGACCCGACUCUGGACAUCAUCGUAGCAGCGGACGCAUCCCAGUCAGGAAUUGGAGCCUGCAUCAUGCACAAGUUUCCCAACGGCGCUCUCAAAGCGGUGGCACAUGCAUCCCGUUCCCUCACCGAUGCUGAAAAACGUUACGGACAGGUGGAGAAGGAAGGUCUAGCCCUGGUAUUCGCUGUAACGAAGUUCCACCGGAUGUUACUUGGACGCAAGUUUACGCUACAAACGGAUCAUCAGCCGCUCUUGAGGAUAUUUGGAUCGAAAAAGGGGAUUCCAAUCCACACCGCCAAUCGCUUACAACGCUGGGCACUGACGCUUCUGUGUUACGAUUUCGACAUCCAGUAUGUAUCCACCACCCAGUUCGGAAAUGCCGAUGUUCUUUCCCGUCUCAUCAGCGGCCAUUCAAGACCGGAGGAAGAUUUCAUCAUCGCUUCAAUCCAACUGGAAGAUGACAUUGAAGUACCUCUUCAAGAAGCAGUCGGAUUACUUCCUGUGACGUUUGACAUGGUACGUAGCACUACAACGAAAUGCUCCGUUCUCCAGCAAGUUGUCAAACACAUCGAAAAUGGAUGGCCUACUCACAUCAAGGACAUUACAAACCCCGAUGUUCGACCGUUCCACACCCAUCAGGACGCCUUGGAAUUGGUAAAGGGAUGUGUUAUGCUUGGAAACCGAUUGGUGAUUCCUGAAACAUUGCGAAAACGGAUUCUGAAGCAGCUCCAUAGAGGACAUCCAGGGAUGGAAAGGAUGAAAGCUCUCGCUAGAAGUCACGUCUACUGGCCCAAGAUCGACGACAGCAUUUCCGAUUACGUCAAGCAGUGCGACAAAUGCGCUACUCAUUCGAAGACACUUCCGAAAGUUCCUCUUCAAUCAUGGCCGCUCGCACAAUCUCCUUGGGAACGCAUCCACAUAGAUUUUGCUGGUCCAGUCAACGGCCUGCAUUUUCUUGUGGUAAUCGACGCCUUUUCCAAGUGGCCGGAAAUCAGCAUUGUACGCUCACCGACCACAGCAGCAGUCAUCAAUUUCCUUGACGAAGUGUUUGCUCGCUUUGGAGUUCCAAUCACCAUCGUAUCCGACAACGGCACACAAUUUACAUCGGCGCAGUUCGCGGAAUUCUGCAAGAAGAACGGAAUCCAACAUUUGAGAAUCUCUCCGUAUCAUCCGCAGUCGAACGGCCAGGCGGAACGCUUUGUAGAAACCUUGAAGACGGCGUUGCUCAAGAUUAACGAGGGGGAAAAGAUCUCCGAAUCACUGCAAACCUUCCUUCAAGCCUACAGAACAACCCCAAGUCGUACCCUGAAUGGAAAAACUCCGUCUCAGCUGAUGAUCGGAAGGAACAUGCGCACAGUCCUGAGUCUACUCCAACCACGACAGCCGAUGAUCCCAAUCAUCAAUCAACGACAAAAUGACCAGUUCAACCGGAAACAUGGCGUAGUACCUAGGAAUCUACAAGCUGGUGAUGCAGUUUAUGCCAAGGUCUACCAAUCCAAUUCAAAAUGGAAAUGGGCUCCCGGAGUCAUUAUUGAAGUCAUUGGGCAAGUAAACUUCAACGUUCUAUUGGACGAAUGGCAUGGCCGACGGAAGUUGAUCCGUUCACAUGCCAACCAAAUCAAGCAUCGCUUUGACGUCCAACAACCAACAAGGGAACCAACGGAGAAAUCUUCCCUCAACAUAUUCGUGGACGAGUUUGGUCUGCAGGAUAAUUUCCAACAAAAUGAAGUCACUACCGUUGCUCCUCCAGAACCAGCACCAGACCAAGAAGUUUCCAUUGAUGCCACCGUGGAUGCCACUGAUGAUGACGAAGCAAUACCAGAAAUCGAAGUAAGCCUGCCGGAAUCAAUCCAGCAUGCACAACCUGAUGAGGAAGCCUCUACGAGUCGGCCCAGGCGAAUGAUCCAGAUGCCAUCUAGACUGGAACCCUUCCUAGUAUUCUGGAAAUAAGAAGGGAGGAAUGUUGGAGACUAACAUAGUAGCCAACCAUCGAUCAGUUGUUGUCCAAGCAAUCAUCGCUCAUCCUUGGCAACCGUAGCAACCACCAAUCAACCUAACAACUUGACACUAUAUAAGUACCCGUACCUGUGAACUCUAUUCAUUCUG